UUCACCCAAUGCAAAUUAGCCAAAAUGGCGGCUGCUAUAGUGCGAAGUGUCGGCUCCUCUUUAGGUAAAAACCUCCGAGAAAUUCGAAUCCAUCUCUGCCAGACGUCUGCAUCUAGCAAGGGGACUAGAGACUUUGUGGGGCAGCAUUAUGUGGACCUGAAGCGAGCCAACCCGGAUUUCCCCAUCCUGGUCCGAGAAUGCUCUGGUGUGGAGGCCCGUCUGUGGGCCCGCUACGAUUUUGGGAAGGAGCGCAGUGUCUCGCUCGACAACAUGUCUGCUGAUCAGGUGGCCAAAAGUCUGCAGGCGCUGCUUCACUGAAUAAGUAAAUAAAUAAAUUGGGCAAUUCUGCGAGGCCCCAAAUUGUCUCCACUGGAGUUCUCCUGCAUUGUUCUUGUAAAUGUCAUGUGAAUAAACACAAUGCAUGCUGAA